CAAACCGGAAGUAGUAUUAAUGAGUGAUAACAGUCAUGGAAGAGAAUUUUUAUUUCAAAAGCGUGUAGAAUUGUGAGACUUCUUUGAGGUGCAGAUGGCGCACAACCCGUCUUUAGAUUCGGGUAUUUUAAGAAGAAACCCACAAGAUGACUUUGAGCUCAUUCAACGAGUUGGGAGUGGCACCUAUGGUGAUGUUUACAAGGCAAGAAACUUUAGCACUGGUGAGCUAGCAGCAAUCAAAGUCAUCAAAUUGGAGCCAGGUGAUGACUUUGCCAUCAUACAACAGGAAAUUGUCAUGAUGAAAGACUGCAAACAUUCAAACAUUGUGGCUUAUUUUGGAAGCUACUUGAGGAGGGACAAACUAUGGAUUGCCAUGGAAUACUGCGGGGGAGGCUCAAUGCAGGAUAUCUAUCACAUAACUGGGCCAUUGACAGAGCCCCAGAUAGGCUUUAUUUGCCGAGAGACUCUGAAAGGGCUAAUGUACCUACACAACAGAGGAAAGAUGCAUCGAGAUAUCAAGGGUGCCAAUAUUUUGUUGACAGAUGAAGGGGACAUUAAAUUAGCUGAUUUUGGUGUAUCUGCUCAGAUAACUCAAACCAUGUGCAAACGAAAGUCAUUUAUUGGAACACCAUACUGGAUGGCCCCAGAGGUGGCAGCAGUAGAGAGGAAGGGGGGCUACAACCAGCAGUGUGACAUCUGGGCGGUGGGGAUCACAGCUAUAGAGUUUGCUGAACUUCAGCCUCCUAUGUUUGAUCUCCAUCCCAUGAGGGCAUUAUUUCUGAUGUCCAAAAGUGGAUUCAAACCACCACAGUUAAAGGACAAGAAUAAAUGGUCCCAGGUAUUUCAGCAUUUUAUCAAAGUUGCGCUCACAAAAAACCCGAAAAAGAGACCCACUGCAGAUAAAUUGCUAGAGCAUCCGUUUGUACUGAGCGACCACUUGUCCAGAAACUCCACUCGAGAGCUGUUAGAUAGAGUACACAAUCCCACAUCCCCAGGAGAUUUUGAUUUACAAGAGGAUGAUGAUGGAGUUUUACAAAAUGUUCCUAGAAGAAUAUCUUCACAGAACUCUUCACAAAGUAGUGCAGCCCACAAUAGUUUGGAAUUCCAAGUGAACAUCCCAACAGAGCAUGAUGGAGACUUCAAAACAGCCCAUUCCUAUUUGGAUGAUCCCGUGUCUGAGAUGUCACCAAGAAGGAAGUAUGAACCGGACCCUAUUUACAUGGGUCUCUUGGAUUCUGUGAAUGAGGAACUCAUUCAGAGGGGCCAUGAGAACCAAAUGUCAGUUCCAGCCGAGGAUAUUCCACUGUCCGAACAAUCAACAUUACAGAUUAAACCACCGCCAAGACUGCCAAAGCCAUUGCCACAGUUACCGAAAGACGACAAGCCAGAGGAUGAUGGUAGUCCUAGAUUUGAUGACCACGGUCCGGACCUAGAUGCCAUAUUGGACAGAGAACUCACCCUUGUCCCCGGUGCUAGACCGCCAAAGGAAGCAGACGACAAGCCGCCAGAACUCCCGCCAAAACUCAGCAAACGACAGAACGGGGUGCUAGAUCUCGGGACGGGGGCAGGCGGUGGUGGAGCCACAGAAGAACCACCCCCAGCAGUGCCUCGCAGAAAAGACAGAGCCAGUAAUAUGAAUCUUCUCAGUUUUGAUCAGAACAAAGCAGACAGGCCAGUCAGCAAUGGACUUCCUCCCACUCCCAAAGUACAUAUGGGAGCGUGUUUCUCCAAAGUGUUCAAUGGUUGCCCUCUACAGAUUAACUGUACAGCUAGCUGGGUCCACCCCGACACGAGAGAUCAACACAUUCUUAUUGGUGCCAAUGAAGGAUUAUAUACUCUGAAUCUGAACGAGAUACAUGAAUCAAGUCUGGAACUGCUUCAUGCAAGGAGAUGUAUUUGGGUAUAUGUGAUAAAAGAUGUUCUCAUGACUUUAUCAGGGAAGACAACAUGUCUGUUCAGACAUGACUUGAAAAUGCUCCAUAGCAAGCAGGCUAAUAGACUGUCACUGCCCAUGAACAAAAUUCCGGAGAAAUUAAUUCCAAGGAAGUUUAACCACACUACAAAAGUUCCAGACACAAAGGGGUGCACUCAGUGCUGUGUGGGGAGGAACCCCUACAACGGGUACCGCUAUCUGUGUGGGGCCCUGCCCCACGGCAUUAUCCUCAUGCAGUGGUACGACCCCCUCAACAAGUUUAUGCUUCUGAAGACGUUUGAUUGGGACUCCAUCCCACUUCAGCCCUCUGUGUUUGAAAUGUUCAUAUCCCCUGAGUUAGAGUACCCCAUGGUCUGUAUGGGAGUACGGCAAAGCUCAACGGAGAUUAACCAGUUGAAGUUUGACAUAAUCAACUUGAAUUCCAGUUCCCUCUGGUUUACUGAGCAAAACGAUAAUGAUCAACUUCUUCCAGUAGUGAAUGUCACACAACUCGAGAAAGAUACCAUUCUAGUCUGUUAUGAUAACUUUGUGAGGGUGGUGAACUUAAGAGGGAAAUUAAAAUCUAGUAGAAAACAGUCUUCUGAACUUCAUUUUGACUUCAAAGUGGAAUCACUAGUAUGUUUACAAGACAGCGUUUUAGCAUUUCACAAGCACGGAAUGCAAGGUCGAAGCUUUAAGGCCAAUGAAGUCACGCAAGAAAUAUGUGAUAGAACAAGAAAUUUCCGGUUACUUGGCUCUGACAGGGUUAUUUUGUUAGAAAGUCGGCCCUCGGAUAGCCCCAGUGUCGAGUCCAACCUGUACGUUUUAGCCGGACAUGAAAACAACUUCUGAUUUCUUAGGACGUUUGUUGCCAUGAUGGAGAUCCCUGCUGAUUCAGAAAAUUUCUAUUCUGGAUAAAGAGUACAGCCUCCAAAUUAACAACUUUUGUUCAGAACACACGGAAAAUCAAACUUCUGAAUGAACCUAGCUCAUUUUAAUUCCUACUUCGUAAAAGUUCAGAAGUUGCUCACGAUACCAUCAGGGUAUAUACUAGACAUUUUUUGUGAUUAUAAUGCCAAGCUUUUUAAUUUUUUGAAUCUGAACCAGUCUUUAAACUGUGCUACAAAGUCUUUGAGACCUUUUUUAUGUCACAAAUUGACAAAUACAUGCAUCUUGUGCUACAUGUACUUGGGGUGUGCAUGUACGAGUUGCGGUAUAUUGUGUAACAUGCAAAAAUACAUAUUACAUAAUCAUACACCAAUAGUUAACCUUGCAAUUCUGAAACCAUGAAUACUUUUAGAAAUCAUUACAUAAACCAGUUAAAUGUAAUUAAAUGUCUACAAUUUUAUUAUAUUAUGUCAUGGUGGACACAUUGCAAUUAUUGUUCCAGUGAAUGGAUUAUCUACUGUGAUCUUUUCCUUAUGUUUGUGCUUUUACUGUAAAUUGUUUUGUUUUGGUUUUUUUUUUUUGUUUUUCUAAACAUAAACUGUGAAAAUAUUAACAGAAACAUAAUACAUAUUUGAUUAGCUGAUUUCUCCCAGCAAAAUAUUAUUUUUUGUCAAUAAUAAUUUAGAAUGAUAUCAUGUUAAAAAUAAACUGUGAAAAAAUUAACAGAAACAUUUUUGAUUACCGGUAGCUGAUUUUUUCAAGUGAAAUAUUAUUUUUUGUCAAUAUUAAUUUAGAAUGAUGUCAUGUAAGAGAGAGAGAAUACCAUUUUUUUAAGGGUUAUGUUGAGAAAAAACAUACAGCAAAUAGUGCCAUUUUAAAAAUUACUGCAUGAAAUAAACAUGUCCCUUUUUUCCGCUGGGAUGAUUAAGAAAGCAAUUGAAUUUAUAAUGAAUUAUCUACAACGUUUAUCUUUGAAUUAACGACCAUGUCAUGUAGUAGCGGAACACAGUUUAUGAUUUGUAGAUGAUAUCGUGUAGAUUUACAAAUUUCAGUGCCCACAGUAUUAGAAAAACUAACCAUUGUAAGCUUCCAUAUUCGAAAUCCAUAUUAUCAAGUAAUGGCGUUCAUGAUUUCUUUACUGGCUUUUUAAAGAUUUUCAACCAAAAACUCACUUUUAGUGCUGUGUGCAUAUAGUCAGCUUCGUAUUCUCUAUCUCCUCAGUUUUAGCCUUUAAAAAGGGCUAUUUUUGAUGCCAUAUAUUUACAUUAAUUGAAAAUUAAGGAAAUUUAUUAAUGAUGAACAGUUAAUGAAACAUUGCAAAGGCUGAAAAAUGGAUGGUAGUUGACACCAUUAGGCUGUUCUCGUGAGCAUGUGUUUUUUUUUCCUAAAAAAAAACAUGACUGAGAUUUUAAUUUGAAAUGACUGGGCAUUAGCCAAUAUGAAUGAUGUAAUGUAGUUUGUACUCAAAAAGUUGUACCGGUAGCUUAUACCUGUAUAUAUAUUAAACAUGAAAUUUGUAAGCAUACAUGAAUUUGUAAAUACCUGGAUAAUUUAAAUUUUUGUAUAUAUAUACUGUGCAUAUAGUUCAAUAUGCAAUAUAUUUUAAUACGCCUUGCAUAUAUUUUGGUUUUUUUCUUAAAGAAGAAAAAAUAAAUUUGCAACUUGUAAGCUUUGAUGUAGUUGUUUAAAGUUAAGAUUAUGCCAUUGACACAACUGUGAACUGAAACGUACAUAACAUGUAAGUAUUGUAACUUCGGAUUUUUGGAUUUGUUAUAUACCAUGACUAUGAUAUAUAUAUGAUAUACAUUGGAUUACCAACAAAUGAUGACGUUACAUUCCUCUGUUACGAGAAAAUGUAAUCCAUGAUCAUGCUAAAAUACAAAAAAUGUAAUCCAUGAUCACGCAGGAAUAUGACAAAUGUAAUCCAUGAUUACGCAAGAAUGAAAUCGUCAGAAUGUUUGGGCUGAAUCUUUGAUUUAGAUAUCAAAUUUUUUUUUUAUUCUUUAUCUCUGUUAAUGACAUUAAUAUUAAAAGUAUCUCUCAAUUUUUGUUUUGCACUUUUCUGGGAAAGGGUAUGUUUAUAUUUUUUUUUUUGGGGGGGGGGGGUGUUGUAUUUUUAAGGAGACUGACAAGAAUUAAAAAUCAAAAGGUUUACAAAUUUUGUUGUAGAAAGUCAAAUUUUUUUUUUGGAUACAAAUGUACUGCUAAUACACGUGUACUCUGAUUUACUGGUACUCGUUGAAUGUGUUUUCUGCCUUUAAUACUUUUCCAAUAUGAUAUAAAGCCAUAAUACUGUAAUUUUAUAGAGUGCAUUGCAUUGCAGAUGUGCUAGAAUGAUGAAGCAUAAUUUGAGCCUGGCCAAUGCUGAUAUCAUUGUCAAUGUUUUAUUUUGGUCCUCUGGUUUUUCCACCAGAGUUUAGUAGGACGUUGAUUGGGAAAAUUUUUACCGCAAUUCUUCAUACACUGUAGAUAAGUUGACAAGAAAAAAAACCCCUUACUGCUUCUUGCUUGCCCCCAGAUUUUUCUUUCUUUUUUGUUUUCAGUUUAUAAUCGUUCCAUAACAAGUGUGCAAGAUUUGUGAUAUGAUAAACGGUCUCAAAAAUGUAUACUAUUAUAUGACUUUACUUGAUGAAGAAUUCAUGUUGUAAAUGUGGGCUGUUGUACAAAUUGUUUUGUACCUGCAAAGAAAAACAUUUUGAUGCAGCCUGAUCGUCAAAUAAAAUCAAUACCAAUA